AUGUCCUCAUGGGACUUUCGGAAGUGGAACAAGCUCGCCGACGGCAUGGCCCAGUUCCACGCCAAAUUCGAGUGGGAGUUCAACCACGUGUACGAUCUCGCCGAGGGCGGAUGGAAAGCCAAGGGCAUGUCGUUCGCCCGCUUUAUCCGUGAAGCCGAGCAGGUCUCGCACCACCUCGACCUACACCACCGCAUUGAGGAGGCGUACAUCUUCCCGAUGCUGGCGAAGAAGCUGCCCCAGUUCAAGGCGGGUGGGAAGGGCUCGGACGCUCACGUCGCCAUGCACCGCGCGAUCCAUGACGGACUGGAGCGCUACGACGCCGUGCUCGCUAAAGCUAAGCGCGACCCCGACGGGUUUGACGGCGCCGAGCUCCGCGCCGUCAUGGACAGCUUUAGGGGGGUGCUGUUCCACCAUCUGGAUGAGGAGGUCAAGGAUCUCGGCGCCGAGAGCGUCAUCGCUGCCGGGUUCACGCUUGAUGAGCUCGCGCGCUUUCCCUUGUAG